AUUACCCAUUAUUCCAAUUUCCUUUGCUCCACAACCAUGGCAGUUAUGCAGAAACUCUGUCGUGUGCUUUUCGGUUUCUUCUUAAUCAUAGUAAAAUUGUCAAUCGCUUCGGCGACGGUUUUCACGCUCCAAAACAGCUGUAGCUACACAAUCUGGCCGGGCACGCUCUCCGGCAACGGCGCCGCCAUCCUCGGCGACGGCGGCUUCGCAUUGACUCCCGGAGCCACCAUCCAGCUGCCGGCCCCGCCGGGCUGGUCGGGCCGCUUCUGGGCAAGAACCGGAUGCAACUUCGACGCCGCCGGCAAUGGCCGAUGCACCACCGGGGACUGUGGCGGCACGCUGAAGUGCAACGGCGGCGGCGAGCCGCCCGUCAGCCUGGCGGAGUUCACCCUCGUCGGUGCGGCGGGCAAGGACUUCUACGACGUCAGCCUCGUCGACGGCUACAACGUGGGCUUGGGCGUGCGGCCGUCGGGCGGCGCCGGCGACUGCCAGUACGCCGGCUGCGUGGCCGACCUGAACGGGAGCUGCCCGAAGGAGCUGGAGAUGGCGGACGCCGGCGGGGUGGUGGUGGCGUGCAAGAGCGCCUGCGCCGCCUUCAACACGCCCGAGUACUGCUGCACGGGCGAGCACGCGACGCCGGGGACGUGCGCGCCCACGCAGUACUCGAGGUUGUUCAAGGCGGCGUGCCCGGCGGCGUAUAGCUACGCGUACGACGACGCGUCGAGCACAUGCACCUGCACCGGCUCCGAUUAUUUGAUCACAUUUUGCCCCACAGCCUGAACUACAAUUCGUGUUGUUUUAUUUUUAGGUUAUUAAUGGGUUUUUUAGGUAAUUAAUGGUUUUAUUAGUUAUUCAUUUAUAAUGUUGAUGGUUAGGAUUCUUGAUUUAUCGUAGCUUAAUGAGAUUAUGUUUUGACAUGUAUUGUCGUGUUACCUCGUAUCCUAUGAUAUAACAUGAAACAUUUUUUAAUUAUUAAUU